GCGCGUGCCUCGUUCCAAGGUGGUGCUGAAAAGGAAGAAGUCGCUUCUUUCGUUCAUAGCUGUCAUUAUAAAAAGCAGAAGCUGAAUGAACAAUGCAGCCUGACCGACCAGCUACAGUCUACCUCCCUGUGUCCCUGUUUAAUCAGAGGAAAAGAAACAGAGUUCCUCUGAAGUCUGUUCCUUAUGGAAAUGAACUCUUUUUCCAAAGUGAAACCAUGGAAAGCUGCAGCUCAUCUGCGCCUCACAGCAGCUCAGGUGCAUAUGAGAGUUCCCAGGCCUCAGGUCCGUGUGCUGCUCCUCAGAGCCAUCAAUGGAGCAGACAGGCKAUCCCACAGUCUGCUAAACCUCAGCAGUAUUACAGCAACAGACCUGCUCCUGGACCUUCCACUAUGACAAGAACCUACGCACCCAUAGCACAUCCUUACAAAAAUGUAGCUAAGAGUUUGGCAACAGGACAGUCCGGCGGUCCGGCUAGACAAGAUUUCAGCUCUGGUGGUAGUUUCAAACAGAGCAGAAAUCAAGGCUCUUACGGCAGGGAGAACUUKGAAAGCAAGCCAACACCUUCUCCAGGGUUCUCUCAGAUGGCUCAGCAGCCACCUCGCAAACCUCCAGUCUCCACGCUGCAGUACUCUCAGCAGUCAAGACCCCUUCCUCCUGCCGAAACACCACCCCAGAGGCCAUCUGCCCAUGCUGCGCAGCUGCCUAACAAAUCCUGGAAAUUUACCAACAGCUUUGACCAAGAAAAACCCAACUUUGUGGGGAAAAAAAGCUCAGUUCAGUCUCAAACUGCUCGACCGGCUAAAACUCAGCAGGAAACCCUUGCAGAGAAGCCAGCCGUGGAGAAAUCACUGAGGAUCUUGACUACAGUUAUUGAAGGAGUGAGACGCUGGAGCCAGUUUAAAGACAAAGCGCCGUACCUAUUUGAGAUAUUUGCAACACUGGAUUCUGCUGUCACACUGGGGAGCUACGGAGCCAAGAACUUCCUCRUAAGAGACGGGAAGGAGGUUAUGCAGUGUGUUUUUUACGAGAACGAGCAGGUGCUGCCCCGUCUCAUCAGAGGACAGGUCCAUCGUUGCGUUGGAAACUACGACCGCAGCAGAGACGUCCUGAUCUGCGUGUCGGUCAGAGCCGGCCUGGCCUCAGAGCAGAGAAACGCUCAGGAAGCUGUCAAAGUCUCUGAUGCAGAAAUGAGAGCACUGAUCAAGACCCUCAGUGAAGUCUGAGCAGCAACAGGUGUCCCCGGGGAUUUCAGAGUGAAGAAAAUAAAAUGUGUAUCUGUUUGGUUUUUAGGUACACAAAGCUAUUUAUGCUAAUUUAUUGUUCAAAGUAAGGAAAAAACAACAUCUGUUGUUGCAGUUUUAUAUGUUAAAAGGUUACUGCUCUCAUUCAACUUAAUUUUGUUAAAAUCACUUAAAUGUUCUCUUUAAGUGUUUUCUGUUUGGUUUGUAGCUACACAAAGCUAUUUAUGCUAAUUUAUUGUUCAAAGUAAGGAAAAAACAUUUGUUAUUGUUGCAGUUUUAUAUGUUAAAAGGUUGCUGCUCUCAUUCAACUGCAUUUUGUUAAAAUCACUUAAAUGUUCUCUUUAAGUGUUUUCUGUGAACAAUAAUAAAAACAAUUAACCACUGUGA